UGUCAGCCCAAGUGUCUUUGAAUUAUCAUGAAACUACGAAUACUGCCAUUUAUCUCUAAACACAGUGGCAAGCAGGCAGGCAGCCUUUAGCCACGGUGGAAUCGAGCGAGCUAGGAAGGAAGGAGAAGAAGAAAGCAGUGGGUGCUUGCUAGUGCUAAUGAACUAUGGCUUCCAUUUCCAGCAUGCCCAUAUCUCUACCUAACCUACCUUCCUUACCUUCCAUUUCCAAGUCAACAUCUGUAAACACCCAAAGUUCACCUUUACUCUUCCCUUCUCUCUCCUUAUCAACAAAACCCAUCCUUUUUCACCCAAAUUCCCAUCAGAAGAAGAAAGGCAGCAAACUUUGGAUAACGUUGGCUACUCCCGAAGAGGUUCUGCCAUCAGAUUCCACCCCACUUGACAACUCGCAGCAAAUAGUGUCAUCUACGGGUGAUGAAGGUGUGGCAACAGUUAUACAGGCUCUCCUCUUUGUUGCCUUUGUUGCUCUUUCUAUUCUCACCAUUGGGGUUAUAUACAUAGCAGUGCAGGACUUCUUGGGGAAGAGAGAGAGAGAGAAGUUCGAAAAAGAAGAGGCUGCCAGAAACAAGUCCGGAAAGAAGAAGAAGAAGAAGAAUGUAGGAGCCAGAGCUGGGCCUAGGGGAUUUGGUCAAAAGCUUGAUGAAGAUGAUGUUGAUGAUAUUUAGACCACAAAUUUCCCUUGCUGACUUUACAUUCUCAUCCUAAACUAAUAAAAUUUUGCUUCUUUUUUCAUGGAGACUUUGCUCGGACAAAAUUGCGUUGGUGUUCCUAUUUUUUUCUCUUUUUGCUUGUCUGCUCUUGCUCUGAGUUUAUUCUACUAAAUGAAUUCAUAUGGAAGAAACCCAUCCUUUUGCUUGCA